UCCUCCACAGCAAACUGGGGGGGAUCAUUUAGGAUCCUCUCCAUCCUAAUUCCAAGGAAAAGAAGACAGAGGUGCCUUCUGUACACACUCCCACUCUCUCCCACCCCCACCUCACAGAUGCAGUAAGAAGCCUCAGGUGAGCAAUGGCAGGCGCCGGUGAGCGCAAAGGCAAGAAGGAUGAUAAUGGCAUCGGCACAGCCAUUGAUUUCGUGCUCUCCAAUGCCCGGCUGGUGCUGGGGGUGGGUGGAGCAGCCAUGCUGGGCAUCGCUACGCUGGCGGUUAAGCGGAUGUACGACAGGGCAAUCAGCGCCCCUACCAGCCCCACCCGCCUGAGCCACUCAGGGAAGAGGAGCUGGGAAGAGCCAAACUGGAUGGGCUCCCCGCGACUGCUGAACAAGGACAUGAAAUCAGGCCUGAGCCGUUCCCUGCAGACCCUUCCCACAGACUCCUCGGCCUUUGACACAGAUACAUUCUGCCCACCCCGGCCCAAGCCAUUGUCCAGGAAGGGCCAGGUAGACUUGAAGAAGUCACGACUCCGCAUGUCCCUGCAGGAGAAACUUCUUUCUUACUACCGGAACCGGGCCGCCAUCCCUGCCGGUGAGCAGGCUCGGGCCAAGCAAGCUGCUGUGGACAUAUGUGCCGAGCUCCGGGGCUUCCUGCGGGCCAAGCUGCCUGACAUGCCACUUCGGGACAUGUACCUCAGUGGCAGCCUCUAUGAUGACCUGCAGGUGGUGACAGCUGACCACAUCCAACUCAUUGUGCCCCUCGUGCUGGAGCAGAACUUGUGGUCGUGUAUCCCUGGCGAGGACACCAUCAUGAAUGUCCCUGGCUUCUUCCUGGUUCGUCGUGAGAAUCCAGAGUACUUUCCUCGCGGGAGUAGUUACUGGGACCGCUGUGUAGUAGGGGGCUACCUCUCCCCAAAGACAGUGGCAGACACGUUUGAGAAGGUAGUGGCCGGCUCCAUCAAUUGGCCGGCCAUAGGGUCUCUCUUGGACUAUGUGAUCCGACCGGCACCACUCCCAGAGGCCCUGACUCUGGAAGUGCAGUAUGAGCGUGACAAACAUCUCGUCAUUGACUUCCUGCCAUCAGUGACCCUCGGUGACACUGUCUUGGUGGCCAGACCACAUCGGCUAGCCCAGUAUGACAACCUGUGGCGGCUGAGCCUGCGUCCCGCUGAGACGGCUCGCCUGCGGGCUUUGGACCAGGCCGACUCGGGCUGCCGAUCUCUGUGCCUCAAGAUCCUCAAGGCCAUAUGCAAGUCCACCCCGGCUCUGGGCCACCUCACUGCCAGCCAGCUCACCAAUGUCAUCCUCCACUUGGCCCAGGAGGAGGCUGACUGGUCUCCAGAUAUGCUGGCUGACCGAUUCCUGCAGGCCUUGAGGGGACUCAUCAGGUACCUGGAGGCUGGAGUCCUGCCCAGUGCCCUAAACCCCAAGGUGAACUUAUUUGCAGAGCUCACCCCUGAAGAAAUAGAUGAAUUGGGAUACACUCUCUACUGCUCAUUAUCCGAGCCGGAGGUGCUGCUGCAGACGUAGGGCAGGCGGAGGCCAAAGUGGGUGUUGGGUGGUCAGGCCCUGGAUUCUCUGUUAGAAACACUUGGCUACAUAGUUGGUGCCUCACAGUGUCCCUAGGUGCCUCCUGUCUUGCUGGUCAUCACCCUGGUCACUUCAUGCUGAUUAGAAUGACAUCUCUUAAUCUCCUAUUUUCUCAAACCCAACCCUUUCUAUUUUUGUUACCAAACACUGUGCUCCCUACUCCUCCCCUCCCCCUUACUCUAGGCUAAUUUUUCUGGAAUGAAUUGAGAAGGUGGAGCACUAGCCAGAGCUGUUGAGACCACUUGAUGUUUUGCAUGUGGCCCAGGUUUUCUGCUCCCAUCUGUCCCCCCUGCCUUGUCCUUUGGCCUGUUCCGCUUCGGCGUCUUCUCUUUUUCUCUUGUUUUCACGCUUUCUGUUUUGCUCCUUUCCUGGAGUACACCCGCCUAACUAAUCAAGGUGUUGCCUUUUAGUUGAAUGUCACUGAAGUUACGAUUGCAUGUUUCCAAGCUGAACUCGGCAGAGUGCUCAGACAGUAUUUAGGGUUUCUGCGGGUAAAGUGGUGGAAGGACUGGCCUUUGACUCAGGUUCCUGGAGAAGCAGCCCAUCCCCCCACCUCCUGGCCAGCUCACAUCCCUAAGUGCUGAGAAGGUCUUUCAUGGGAACAUUGUUACUGACCCACGCGGAGCUGAGCGCUCAAGAUAAACUGGAUGCGAAAUUAUUUGGAGAUUGUGUUUCUUAGUGGCCAUGAGUGAGAGUGCAGCCUGGGGGAACCAGAAGCGGUAAGGGGACCUGGGAGAGGAUGUGUCCUGUCUGAUGUCUGCACCUCACCCGGACCAAUGCUGCUGUGUGCAGGAGUCAGAUGAGGGAGGGAAGGGGCUGCAGGGGCCGCAUCUCUGCAGGAGUGCUUCGCUCACCCGCUUCCUUGCCUUCUUGCCAAUUAGGACGGGGUCUUCAGGGACACUGCCUUAGAGGUAGAGGUCAUAGGAACGUUGACAGGUGGCAGAAAAUCGUCACCAGUUGGGGUUUGGUGGCCAUAUUCUCCCCUGUGAGGCACUUUGUUUCUGGGACGUUGCCUUAGAGCAGGGACAGGCCCAACGGUCUGCCAUAGCAACGUGAGAGGGCUGCUUGCCGAACUCACCGGGCACCUCCAGAGGCCAGAGGGCAAGCACACAUGCGCAGACUCACCGCCCCCCACCCCCAAGUCCUGUCUCACACACCUAGGAUCGGUGCUGCCUGGGAAGAGAGUGCGUGGAUUCAACACACACGCAGGGAGGUGGGGACUCUACCUUCUUGUUUCUGGCUGCUAAAAUUGCACUAUGUAUUACAAUGUAAAAAGUAUCCUGAAGGUGGGGAGGAGUGUUUAGUACACCAUGCCAGGGCAUCUUCUUUUGUGGGGUUUUUUUCUCUUCGUGGCAAGAGCCUGAUGAUAAUUCUGUUUCUCAUCUGCCCAUCCAGUAUUUCGUUCUCCAUCCAUCAAGUCUUACUAUUUUUUCUGUUCUUACUACCUCCAUCAGUAAGAUUCUGGUGAAGCUCUCUGCAGCUGUCUCAUUCCUUCCCAAUGACAACAACAUGAAAUGACUCUUUAAAUAGCAUUGAAACCUCAGCUACCCUCUGAAUUUAGGGUAGAGAUUCCUGUCUCCUUUUUGUCAUGGAUUAGGAGGUUGAGAACUGGAGUUAACCUCAGCCAUAUUUGGAGAAUCUUCUUGCCUCCUCUCAUGUAUGCAAGGGAUCCUUAAAGUGGUUCAGUUGUUUCAUUUGCAUGAGGUAUUGAGAAAGAAUUGAAAAAUAUAAAGCCCAAAACCCUGACACAGA